AUGGCUGAAAAAAACGAUCGUGAAAUACAAUUACAUGAUUUUGAAGAAAUAUCUCAAAGUCUUACGAAUCCUGUCGCAAAAGAUCUUAAUCGACUUAAGAUUGUUCAUAUGUGGUGUUCAGUUCGAGCCAUUCAAACCCAAUACGAUCGCGUGGAAUUUAUAAAAGAAAAUUGGACAACAUUGUAAGUGAUCAUUUUCUCUAUUUAAAACAGCAGUUGCUAAAGAUUUCUAAUAUUUCUUUUAGUUCAACGAAAAAUCUUAUAUGAUCAACAUAAUGAUUUUUCUUAGCAAAAGAAAAAAAAGAUUAAAUCUCAUCUAUCAAAACAACAACAAAAAUAAAUAAAUGUUUUUUUUUAUCAAAAGAAAAAAUGAAUAAAAGUCAUCAUCUAUUGGAUUGGUAAGCAAUUUUUUGCGAUUUUCUCGAAAAUUUUAUUUUUAUUUUUUAACUUCAAGAAUACAACUAGCUUUCAACAAUGUAUGCUCCAUUACUAUCUAUGACUUGUCGUCAACGCUCUGGUAGAGAAAGGAUCCCGCGUUCGUAGAAGUCCUGCGACUUUUGGUCAAAGAAGUUGAGGAGGUCCAUUUUGAAGUCGUUCUCGUCGUCGAAUUUUUUCUCGCAUAAAUGGUUAGACAGAGAACGGUACAAGUGGUAGUCCGUAGGAGCCAAGUCUAGAGAAUAAGGUGGAUGUGGAGCCGUAACCCAUCCGAGCUUCAAUAAUUUUUCACGCGUUAACUUUGCAAUGUGAGGUCUGGCGUUGUCAUGCAAAAAAUAAAUUCUAUCCUGCUUCCCCUGCAGUUUUGCUGCAACUCAGUCCAAUUGUUGACAAUAGAGAUAGGCAGUGAUGGUGCAGCCAGUUGGAAGAAGUUCCCAAUGAAUAAUCCCUUUUACUCCCCAUCAAACGCUCAGCAUAAUCUUGUUUGGGUGAAGGUCAUUUUUGGGCGUUGGUAAACCUGUUUGUCCAGCUCACAGUCACUGUCGUUUGUGCGUGUGGUUAACAUACAACACUCACUUUUCAUCGCCGGUAAUAAGAUUGUGGAGCCAUUGCUAGUUGCGAUGAGACGUCAUUAAUUUCAUACAAGCGUCAACCCUGUGAUGGAGCUGAUUCGGUGACAAAUCAUGUGGUAUCCAAACUUCAUAUUUCCACGUUUUGCCUAAUUCGCCCAGAUGUGUUUCUACUGUAGUAUGAGAGCACCCAAGUCUCUCUGCUAAACACCAUGUAGUCCAUCUAGAAUCUUCUUCGAUAAGCUGCUUUAAGACGUCUAUAUUCACCUCUAGUGGUCUUCCGGAACGAGGUAAAUCGUCGAGUUCGAAUUUACCGUUCUUGAACCGAUGGAACUAAGGUUGUGCUGUACGGAUGGAGAGUACAUCCUUGCCCAUUGUGCCCCAUAUGUUGCUUGUUGCUU